GUGACGUACACGUGCCAGUACUAUGGCAAGCCCCACUUCUCAAGAGCGAGGACAAGUUCCCAGUGCUCAUCGUCACUCACGGCAUAGGCGGGAAUCGAACCACACUCUCCACCUACUGCACCGAGCUGGCUUCCCAUGGCUUCGUGGUCGCCGCUGUGGAGCACAGGGACGGUUCAGCCUCCAUGACCCUGUGCCUACAGGAGCAGCUCAGCAUCAGUAUCAAGGAUUGCAACGACGAUGACGAUGAUGACGACAGCGUUGUCUCAGACGACAGUCCGGGCCCAAACCGACGAGGACGUCACAAGCGAUAUAGGCGGAGUCCUCACAGCAUGCAACGGUCAGACAGUGGGAACAAUAACACGACCACCAUUAACAACAACAACGAUGACAAAGCGGAUGGCUGUGAUGUGGUCUCCCUGUCAGGGGAGAGACCUACUUCGGGGGUUCAGUUCUAUCUCAACGAAGGCAAAGAGAAUCGGGACAGCGAGGGCGGGAGAGGCUCGAGGGUUCAACAGAGAAGAAAUAACAGGAAGAGAUCUCUGAGGCAUAAUCACAGCUGUAGUGAAGAGUGGCGUCCCUUUGAGCAUGUAGAAGUCUGGGACGAUUUUGAUUAUCGUAAUGGACAGAUGUACAGGCGGGCUGAUGAGAUCAGCGACUUGCUUGAUGAGCUCAUCAGCAUGAACGAAGGGAACCAUAUCAACAACGCCUUGGGGCUGGCUUUUAAAACCACACAUUUCAAGAAUCGUCUCGACUUUUCUCGUGUGGCUGUGGUUGGCCACUCGUUUGGAUGUGCCUCUGUGUUGGGAACACUUGCCACAGACAAUAGAUUCAAAGUUGGCCUAGCCCUGGACGGGUGGAUGCAUCCGGUGGAUUCCUGGGUUUACUCCUCGACCAGACAGCCCGUCAUGUUCCUCAACAUGGAAUCUUUCCAGUGGGAGAAGAAUGUGGCAAGGAUGAUAAAAUUCCAAGAGUCGAACCCAGAGGCUGACAGACCAAUGCUCACCCUCAUGGGUGGCUGCCAUCAGAGUGUGUCCGACUUCCAGUUCAUCAUGCCACAACUUGUGGGCCGGUUUCUGGACGUGUGUCACACGCUGAGGCCGGACGUGUGUAUGUCUACGUGUGUCACAGCCUCCCUGGCUUUCCUGUACAAACAUCUUAGUCUUCCCCUGGAGCCGAAGCACAAGGUCAUUCUGGAGAACAGACAUCCCAAUCUCAUCUCCGGCACAAACGUUGACCUCACCAUUCCUGACGAUGGUCCAACACCGCCAUAGACCUGUGCUGUGGUCUUACAGCUCCUGAAACAAAGAAAUAACAACUGGCCUCUGACCUUUACUUUCCCUGAGGUUGUUGGACUUGGUGCAAGAAUUUCUGCACUGUAGCGGGAAUCAAUAAGUCUAACCUCACUCGAAUUCUGCUACAUUCCCGAGCCCGAUAAUUCAUGUAAGUGGUUGGAGGGCACUGCUGGUGGAAUCUUCUGUACUGUCGUUCGGUUAUAAAUUGCUUGUCUGUCUGUCAGUCCUUCUAUUUUUUUCCUAGGACUUUAUAACCAUUUUCAUGUCAGUUUGGUUCUCUCUUAAAAAAAAUAAAUCUCCAACUAGUAAUGAAAAGAAGAUACGAUGCCCAACUUUUUCGUACUGAAGAGAAAUGGCAUGCCACUGGGCAUCUGUUUUGUCAAUUUCCUUCAGAUGUGCUGUAAUUUUUUAAAACUAUCAGCGCUCGACAGUUACUGAGUCUGGGUUUUUUCUUCUUCUGCGUUUUGUGGUAGCAGCACCUUUGAGAAAUGUCUGGGGUGUUUGCAGAGACAUCCGUGCUUGUCGUGGCACACGCAACCUGCCUGGAUGGUUAGUUCUGUGUGUAGCCGCUCAUUCAGGUUUUCUGUUCUUGUGACAGCUUAAUUCACCAGGUUGUUGAGGGAAAAUGCUUUUAUUUGUAUUUGUUUUUGGUUGGAUACAAAGCCCUGGUAAAUGUUACUUUGGGCCCACGUUGAGCAGUUCUUAAAUGUAGGCCUAUAGCCUUUGCCUUUUUUCUUUCUAAUAUCUUCUUUUUUCCUUCUUUUUAUCUCUUUCAUCUGUCAAAGUGCUUUGAAAUGGACCAGUCUCUGAGGGAGCACUUGUCAUUAACUAGUCUUUGAGGGGAGGGGCUUGUCAUGUACCAGUCUUUGAGGGGAGGGGCUUUACAUGGACUGGUGUUUGAGGGGAAGGGCUUGUCAUGUAACGGUCUUUGAGGGGAGGGGCUUGUCAUGUACUGGUCUUUGAGGGAGGUGGCAUUAAUGGACUGGCCCAUGAGGCAUAGAGGGGCAUGUUGUGAACUGGUUAAUUCUGAGGAGGGGGUGGGGGGAGGGAGGGGCAUGUGAUGGAAUUGUUCGUGAGGGAGGGGUAUAUAUAUAGACUGGUUCGUGAGGGGGCGAAAUGUAAUAAAUAAAGUGGUUCAUGAAGGGGGGGCAUAGUUCGUGAGGGAGGAGUGUGUAAUGAACUGACCCAUGAGAUGGAGAGGGGCAUGUAAUUGACUUGUUUGUGAGGGGAGGGGCAUGUAAUUAACUGGUUUGUGAGAGAAGAGGAGGGACAUGUUAUUGAAUAGUUCUUGA